UUUUGGUUGACAAAGCGGUUUAUUUUAUUUUUAUUUUUAUUUUUUUUUUCUUCAGAAAGAUUUCAGAGGGAUGAGGAUUCAGCCCGACCUGCUUUCACCGCCCCAUCACCAAGCCACCCGUUUCCGUAUAGAGCGAGACAUUUCGAUCAGUACCAAUGUUGCCAGAGUGUGAUAUUGUGAGGUGAGGAACGUCUCAAGUCAGUGGUUGUAUGGCACAGUCUCUGCUCCAGGGCCAGACCCUCUGCACCCGAGCGCUAGAAAGCAGACAGACAUUCUAGAAGCAUGGGACUAACUCGGAUAAUCUGCGUGGGCCCGGCAAACAUUCUACUGUGCCAUGUAACAGGCCACAUUCCUGAUGGGGAAGAGGAAUCGCCUGGAAUUCUUUGACGUGGAACAUGCCUGAGAAGUUCAAAACUUCAAAUACUCCGGAGCACGGAAUUCCAUUCAUCCUUUACAGCGUGCUAGCUCGUGGUGAUCCACUGCGAUGGCAAAAAUCCCAGUCCACUUUCCCGCCCGAAGAAGCAGGCCUGCCGACGAAAUGGUUCCACAACAGUAAAGUUUGCUUUGCGCUGGCGCCCUGAAGAAGUCGUUGUUAAUCCACUUCAAUUGGCGACGGCAACUGAAAAUGAUAAACAAAAUGGUUCAUUAACACGCUCGUGCUCACUGCCUAACAAUAAUUGGGAGCGCCAUGCCUUCUCGCCUAGAUUUCCUCUAGUCAUGUUAGUCGGGUACAGUCGCUCGUCGACGGGCCAACCGAUGCUGUAUGAGGUCAACCUGCGUCAAAUGCAGUGCCUGAUGCAUAUGGUAUGUUUGACAUGUGCAGUUGCUGACACAGGAUGCAAUCAAGUAGGACGUUACUUUGUAACACCAAAGUGAAAAGGAAGAAGCGAGAUAGAAAGCUCCAAAAUAAGUAGUGAUUGGAGUCCGGGUGAAGUCAUGGGUAGCUGUACUACAUACUACUAGUAGUAGUUAUCGUACCAGGGGGGGAAAUUACCUCCUUGAUAAUGAGUUGCACGUGUUCUGAUCCCUUUAAAGGAAU